GUUACCCAUUAUUGAAGUAGAAGUCAGUUCUCCACCAGACGUGUAUCAUCUCGUAGGUCCACUGCAGGUUGGCUUCUAUGUUGGUCACCUGUUGCUAAACUUCUCAAAGAUGAAUCUUAUAGCAAUAGUGGCAGUGUUGGCAUGUCUAGCAAGCUGCUUGCACGCUGCACCCACACCGUGCGAAACCUCAACCCUGGAGGAUACCGUGUGUGAACAAACCGAAUAUGAAGCCUAUCGUGACUGCGUCGAAGAGCUAAAGGCAGCUCGUCAGAAGCGACAGACGCUACCCUGUCCACCGGUGGUCGUGGAGCCCGUGAUUCAAACGGCGAAACCAUUCGUAGCAUUCGUGCCCGUCAAACCGCUGCCCGUUCUUCAGCGGCCGGUGUUGAAGAGCCUAGAUCGCACGGUGAUCGUACGUCCCGACACGAACCAGAUCGACGAUGGCGGUGCAGCAGACGAUGAGGACGGCGAGAACAGUGUGCACUAUCGCGUACCGGUCAAUGUGACCACCGUUAUACGGCUCACGAACAUAGUGAACAACACCAACCACAUCCACAUGCCGACCACGCUGAACAACACCAACGUGAACAACAUCCACGUGUACACGAAUCUAACGGAGCUGGCCCCGGACGAUGGUAGCAGUGGGUCGGAACCGGAGCGCUGCUGUACGGCGGUGCGCCCCAAGAGUUGCCACACGUCGACGCAGGGAGUGCGCUGCAAGCAUCACAAGUUCCAAACCUGCGGCCCACAGUGUACGGCCGACGUAAUACACGUUCAGCAGCGCAAGCGCUGCAACCGAACCACGGGCGAAUGUAAGGAAAAGAUCGCUUACGUGCCGCAGCCGGAAAAGCCAACCUGCGUGUACGUCGACGAGUGGCCGUACGUGGUGUGCGGCAAGCCGGCCAACAUGAGUGUGAUAUGUGCGGGCUGCUACGACCAUUACGGGCACGGGUACGAGGCGUUCAAUGGGCACGCACGGGUACAGGACCACUGCCGUGGUUGCUAUGACGAUGCGUUUGACGUUGGUCCACGGUAUAGGCGCGGUCCGGUGCUUCGUCCGUUCUACUACCAUCAGGCACCCUGCUUCCUCACCGGCAACUGUCCGGAGGGGUACGGCGACUGUGGCUACGGUUGCUACGGGCAUGAUCGUAUUGAUCCGGCCUGGGGUGCAGCACCGUCGGCGGUCGAAACGUUCGAUCCCGCCCUGGAUCAAUCGAACGUGAUCUACUACGAUGGGGACGAUUUCGCGGUGUCGAACGAGGUGUCGGAUGAUUGGGGCGUACCGACGGCCAAGUGUGCCGUCGUCACGGAUGGUUCAACCAUCACGGUUAAGAACUGUACGCAGGGUGUGGAUAAUCCUUACAUGGCCGCACCGGCUACCCAUCCACAGUACGGACAGAAGUGGCAGGAAAAGAAAGGAGAAGAAACGACCAAACUCCCUGCCAGUGGGCCCGGUGUGGACGAGGAGGACCAGGACGAGGAGGACGGUUCGGGUGCUGGUGCCAUAAACAAUGAGGUGUACUUCGUGGAGGAGUACGAUGAGGAGGAAAAUCUUUAAACGCCUCCUGCGUAGUGUAGCGAGCGUAAAGCCAGCAAGGAAUGUUGUUCAAAAUAGGAAGUAAAUUGCAAUAAAAGUCACGCACGCGAGAAGAAGCUCGACCAGUUUAUUGUGCGUCCAUAGUUUAACCUA